ACAGAAACAUGGCGUCUGCAGGGAAUCGGAUCGCGGAGCUGUGUGAGGAGUUCUGGCAGUGGCGGAUGCGGGAGAGCCCGGAGUUCGCCACCUCCACAGGCUGCCACACGUACGACCACCUGCUGGACUCACACAAGCCGCAGGCGUACGCAAAACGCAUGGUGUUCUGUGAGAAGUUCCUGACAACAGUGCAGGACUGUGAUGACAGCGGUGCGACUGCUGAGGAGAAGCUGAGUCUGAGGCUGCUGAGGACAGAGAUACAGACUUACCUGGACGGUAUCAGGUUCAGCCCCCAUCUCUACCCCAUCAACACUAUGGAGGGUUCGCAUGUGGAGUUUGAGCGACUGAUCUCCUUUAUGAAGUUCAACAACAAACAGGACUAUGACAUGUACUUCUCCAGGCUCAAGGCAUUCCCAACUCAGGCAACAGAGAUGAUCAACCUGAUGAAACAAGGCAUUGCAGAGGGAAGAACUUAUCAUCAGUUCAGCAUGAUUGGUGUGUGUGAUGCGAUACAAGACCUCAUCUCCAUGAAACCAGAGGACUGUGGUAUCUACCAGCCACUCAAGAAAGUUCCAGAGUCCUUUGGGGCAGAAACAAUUGCCAAACUGCAGGCUGAGGGUAGAGCCUUGAUAGCAGACCAGGUGUUUCCGGCAUUCCAGAAGAUCAAAGACUUUGUGGAGCAGGAGUACAUGCUAGCCUGCCGUCCCUCCAUAGGCUGCUCCUCCCUGCCAGAUGGUACGGCCCAUUACGAGGCUGCGCUGAGGUUCCACAUCACAUGUGACAUGACGCCGCAGCAAGUGCAUGAGACUGGUCUGCAGGAGGUGGCAAGGAUCAGGGCAGAGAUGCAGAAGGUGCUGGAACAGGUGGGAUUUUCAGGAGAGUUUAAAGACUUCUUGGACCACCUUCGCAAAGAUGACAGCUUCUACUACACAUCAGAGGAAGAACUACUGGAUGGCUUUAAGGAUAUAGUGAGCAGCAAAAUCCGUCCAAGACUUUCACAGCUCUUCAAUGACAUUCCAGACAAUGAGCUCAGUGUGAUCCCUGCCCCACCCAGCAUGGCUAACAGUCCUGCAGCAUUCUACCUGGCACCUAGUGAUGAUGGCAGUCGUCCAGGGAUCUUCUAUGUCAACUGUUCAGAUGUCAGAAGCAAUCCCAAGUACGAGAUGAUGACACUGAGCCUCCAUGAGGGGGAACCAGGGCAUCACCUACAGGCUUGCUACUCCCUGAACCAGAGGAACCUGCCCAGCUUCAGGCGUUUCUUUGAAGACCGGCGGUACUAUGAGGCUCCAGGCAGGUUUGCCAUGUACACUGCAUUCAUGGAGGGCUGGGGACUUUACUGUGAAUACCUUGGAAAGGAGAUGGGACUUUAUGAGGACCCAUACUCUCUGUUUGGCCACCUGUCAUUUGAGAUCAUGAGAGCCUGUAGACUGGUUGUGGACACAGGCAUGCAUGUCAUGGGCUGGUCCAAGGAGCAGGCUGUUCAGUAUAUGAAGGAAAAUUCUGCUGUAUCUCCAAAACACAUCGAGAUUGAAGUCAACAGGUACAUCACAUGGCCUGGACAGGCAUGUGCCUACAAGAUUGGGAUGAUGAAGAUCAAUGAGCUGCGAGAAAAGGCAAAAACAGAACUAGGUUCCAAGUUUGAUGUACAUGACUUCCAUGCUGCUCUGCUGGGCUGUGGGUCUGUUCCUCUCAACAUCCUGGAGGAGGUGGUUGAUCAGUACAUACAGGACACCAAGCAGAAAUAAAUAUUCAAUCUGUUAGAAUAGAUGGCAUACAAUUGGUUCUUUUAUC